UUGUGUCAUCCUAUAUAAAGAGGGAAACCCCGCCUGCUGGAGAGACCCAUGGCGAAACCCUCAGUUUCCUUGGCGUUCGUCGUGAUCCUCUGCUUCUUCUGUCUCUCCGCCGUAGCAAAACCCCACAAUCGCCCUAUAAGCGACAAUGAGGUUAGAGCGAAGAAGAACGCUUGCUACUCAGACAUCGAGAGUGGUAUGUGGGGAUGGAAGUGCAAGUCUUCGAUGAUCGAGAAGGAGAAUUGUGCAUUGCGAUGUGUUUCUCCAGUUUGCUAUGAUCUAAUCUAUGGGGGGGAUCCGUUGGAAGAAGGCGAGAAGGAUUAUGUGCGCAGCCAAGAAUUCAAGUACUGCUUACACAAAUUAUCACUGGGUGAGAGUCUAGAUGGAGUGAAGGGGGCGUUUGCUUAGUUGUAGACGGGUCAGCAUCAUUGCCUAUUUAUUUGGUUUCUGGUUUUGGAAGUUGAAUCCGUUCGUGUUCUUUGUUUAAACUUGAUCACCCGGGUAGUGCUAACUUAAGAGGCUGCGGUUGCCAACGGUGAGAUCAACAUGUGAUUUACCUGUAAUCUUUCCUUAUGAACGUUCAUUUUCCAAACACCCACAACUUUUCUUAAUUUUUAUACAAUGACUUAAUUGUUUAGCA